GAAUAAAUAAGGAAAUAAAAUCAUAUAAAAACAGGAUACAUACGUUUAUAUAUCUUUUCCAUUUCUUUUGAAAUGUCAUAUUAAACAUUAAAACCAUAAGAUCGGUACAUUUGUUAUCUUUGUAAAGUUAAUAGUUUUAGGAAAUAUAAAAAGUAAUGGGGAAGACCUUCGUGUUACUAUUUUUAGCGCUAUUUCUGGCUGCAGUAACAGCGCAAAUAAAACCAUCAACGAAUAAUUCACAGCUUAACCUUCCUAAGCUAAACCACAAGGAGUUUUCAUGGAAUGUAAAGCCUCUGUUUGGUAGCGGAAAACCUAAUGGCUUAUCAGGAACAGGUACUUGGAGACCAGCAAACACUGGAAAUAUGUCCUCCGCAACCGGAAGUUUGCAAAGCGGAAGUGGAUUUGGAGGCGGUGUCAAGGGGACUUUUGGUAUCGGCAAAGAAUCAUCAAUAAGUCUAGGUAUUGGAGAAGGUGGUGGAAAGGAAUUUCAUGCAAGCUUAUCUGCAAGAAUACGUUUUCGCCGGAAGCGCAGAAGUGAAAUUAUUCGUAAAUUGUAUGACUUUUGAUUAAAGUUAUAAUGCUUUAUAAAA